CCAGUCCAUUCCGUCAGUUCGUCUGUCCUAUCCCGUCCGUCCCAAUCAGUCCAUUCCGUCAGUUCGUCUGUCCUAUCCCGUCUGUUCCAGCCGGUCGAUUCCCCAGUCCAUUCCGUCAGUUCGUCUGUCCUAUCCCGUCUGUCCCAGCCAGUCGAUUCCGUCAGUUCGUCUGUCCUAUCCCGUCUGUUCCAGCCAGUCCAUUCCAUUGUCUCGCCGUCCGGAGGCGACGUUCCAUAUAUCGGAGGUCGCGGAUGA